AUGGAAGAUUUUAAUGAUGAUGAGAUCCGUAUAUAUGUAGGGAAAUUUUAGGAUGAAAAUUAGACUUCAAUUCUAGACUAAACUAUGAAUCAAAAAGAAUCACAAGGAUAAAACCGUAAUUCUAUAUUGAAAUAUUUUAGAGUUGAUUAUAUUAUAAUAAGCAAUCAGAACGAAGGAAUAAUUAAAUAAGCAAAUAAUUCCAAUAUUAAGUAAGCACAUUCAAAAUCAUUAUAGAAUAUCUGUAUAAUAAAAAUUUGCGAUAUAGAGAUUUAGAAAAAUAAAAUCAACAGCUAAUAUCACAAUAAGAAUAAUUUAAGUUGGAUAUCUCACAAUAAUAAGUAAAAUAGAUAUAUCUAGAUUAGGAUUAAAUUAAAUAGAGAAAUUAGAAAAAAUAUGAUCUAAUGGAUUAAAUGCAAUAGUUAAAAAGUUAGAUUUAAGUCGAGUAAGUAAUGUCUGAGCAAACAGAGAAAACAAACACUCAAGAGGUAAUAGAGAAACAAUAAAAAAUAUUUUAAAAAUAAGAUAGCUUAUAAUCAUAAAAUUCAAUUGUAAAUGUGUAGAUUGUUAUGGAAUAAGAAUAAAAAAUAGUAGAUUUAGAAAAAUUAAAAAUAUAGCUUGAACAGAAAAUAACAGAACUGGAAUAUGAAAUCAAUGGAAUGAAGUCUGUAGAUAAAAAAAUCUCAUUAUAAAUUUCUAAACUUGAAAAGGCAAUUGAAUUUGAAAAAUAAUGUAUAAAUAUCAUCUAUACAUUGUAAAGAAAAUGCAAUUCUGUAAGAGGAAUUGAGAGCUGCGAAAGAAAAUAAUGGAGUUGAAAGCGGAGUUAAUUAAAUGAAUGUAGAUGAAUUGAGUUUAAGAGAAAAAAACCUUUAAUUGACAAGAGGUAAUUUCAAUCAAAUAUAUAGAUUAAAUUAGAUUUGCAAGUCGCUAAGCAAUAACUAGAUAUUACAAAAAACACAUUUGAAAAAUAAAUAACUCAAUAAAGAAUUUAAAUUGAAAAUUAUGCAAAAACAAACUUAAUGAAGGAAGAUUAAGUUCUUUAGCUAUAAAAAAAGUUGUAAUCGACUCUUGAAGAAAAGGACAACUAUAGAAAACAAUUAGAAAAAAUGGCUGAUAGUAAGAAUUUAGAUGGAGAGUCCACAUUAAAGGAGUGUAAAAUAAAAUUAAGGAAAUAUGAAAGCCUGUUAUAAUAGGCUAAUGCAGAAAUAGAAAUAAAAGAUAUAUAAAUUCAAGAAUAGCAUUCUAAUUAGCUAAUAGAUAUCAUCAAUAUCAUUGAAAGUUAUAAUAAAGAGAAUCUUUAAAUUAAUUAAUAAUUAGAAUAAUAAAUUUAAUUAGUUGAACAAUUAAGAAAUUAGAAAGGAAAUUAAAAUGAGAUUUCUGAUUAAAAUAAAUGUAAAGAAUUAGAAGAGUAAAUUAAUAAAUAGAAAAUGACAAUAUAGAGAUAAAAAAAAUAAAUUGAGUAGCUCGAAAAGUAGAAGUAAGAAUAUUUAGUAAUUUAGUAAUUCAAAAGUUGAAUCUGAAUAACAGACACAAAAAGAGAAGAAGACUCAAAGUUAGGAGGAUGAAAAUGUUAUUGAUAACCUGAAGAACUUGCUUCAAUAGUUAUACAUAAAGAUAAAAUAUCAGGAAUAAAUUUCAUAAUAAGAUGACAUUCAAAUAAAAGAAUAACAAUAAUAAAUUUUGGAGAGAGAUGAAUGGAGGAAACACUUUGAAGAAUCAAAUAGAAUGAUAUAAAACACAUCUUCUAAGAUACUUUUGUAUAAAUAAGAAGUUGCUCAAUUAAAUAUGUAAUUAGAUAAAUUAAAACUAGAAGAUAAUUAAAAUAAAUAAACAUUAUCUUAAUAUUAAGCUUAAAUAUCAAAUGAAUAAUAAAGUGUGGCUAAAUUAAAAGAAGAAAAAUAGUAAUUAUAAAUACAAAAUGAUGAUCUAAAAAUACAAUUACAAAUUAAAAAUAAUAAUAAUAAUAAUAAUAAAUAAGAAUUAUAAUAAUAACUAUUAGUUUAAUAACUUUAAUAAAAAUUUGAAAUAGAAAGAAAUGACUUUAAUAAAUAGAAAAAAUAAUUAUAAUAAGAAUUGGAUAACUUAAAAUAAUAAUAUUAAUUAUUAGCAUAAAAUCAUAAGGAGUAUUAGGAUUAAUAGAUGAAAUUAAACGAUAAAUAAAAGUUCGAAAUUAAGAACUUGAUAAAUCUUAAUGAUUAGUUAAACAUGCAAAAAUAAGAUUAAGACAAAGACAUAUCUUAAUUGAAAUAAAAUAUAAAUUAGCUUAAAACUGAACUUGAAAAACUGUAAAAAGAAAAUCAAUCUUUGAAAUAAGGAAAAGUAGACAAUGAAGCGAAGAAACUAGAAUAUAUGAAUCGCCUUAAAUCUCUGCAGAAUUAAAAUGAAUAAGCUGAAAAUGAAUCAUAAUAAUAAUAAAUGAGUUAAGCUUAAAAGGUUGCUUAAUUUGAAUAAAAAGACUCAUAAAUUGCAUCACUUUAAGAAAAGAUAGAAUAGUAAAAUCGUAGAAUUCGUUAAUUAGAAAUUGAUGAAAAGAAUUAUCAAUAACAAAUAAGAGAACUUAAAGAAUAAAUUUAAAAUCUUGGGCAAUCCACUUCAGAUAGUCAAAUUUCUGAAAAGUAAACAGUUGAGAUUAAGAACUUGCAUCAAGAAAUAAAAAAGUAUUAAGAAAAGGAGAACCAAAACCGAAUUUAAAAAGAAAGAUUAGAAAAGAAAUAUUUAGAACAAGUGACUGAAUUAUCAAAUAAUUAAGAUGAAAUGUAUUUAUAAAUAAAGGAGUUGAGAUCAAAAGCUUAAAUGAGCGAUGAUAACUUCAAAAGGAAUAAGGACCUUGAAAUUAUACUUAAAGUUAAAUAGGAUUAAUUAAUGAGCUUAUCUUAAAAAAUACAGGAAUAAACUGCGUAUAUAGAGAAGCUUGAGCGGAAAAUUUAAGAACUAAAAUGAAGAAGUGAGUUUAUCUUAACAAUAUGAUAUUUAUCGAAAUCAAG